CGGACGCGGUCAGCUUCAGCUGUUCAUUGCUCUCCAGCCUGCCGAGAUUUUCUUAAUUUAGUCACCCGGUACCAUGGCGCCCAGUGAAGAGGAUGGGUCUGUGGAAGAGAAAGAAAACAAGAAAAAGCCCCUUAGCCCGUUUGCUACAGUUUGGCUCACAUUCUACAACAUUACCAUGACGGCCGGGUGGCUGGUACUAGCUGUGGCUAUGAUCCGAUUUUCUUACGAGAAAAGAACGCAUAAGGGACUAUACAGAAGCAUACAAAAGACACUAAAAUUUUUCCAGACGUUUGCAUUGUUAGAGAUAAUCCACUGUGCUGCUGGGAUAGUACGAACUUCGGUGCUCGUUACUGGGGUCCAAGUCAUGUCCAGAAUUUUCAUGGUGUGGUUUGUUAUCCACAGUAUAAGACCGAUCCAGAAUGAGGAAAGCGUCGUUCUUUUCUUGGUCACCUGGACAGUGACAGAGAUUACCCGAUAUUCCUUUUACACAUUCAAUCUGCUCAACCAUUUGCCUUACUUCAUUAAAUGGGCCAGAUACAACUUCUUUAUCAUCUUGUACCCAAUUGGUGUUGUCGGUGAACUCCUUACAAUUUAUAGUGCCCUGCCUUUUGUAAAGAAGUCUGGCAUAUAUUCUCUGAGACUUCCGAACAAGUACAAUGUCUCAUUCGACUACUACACUUGUCUUAUCAUUGUAAUGAUAGCAUAUAUACCACUUUUUCCACAACUGUAUUUCCACAUGCUUCGUCAAAGGAGGAAGGUGCUUCGUGGAGAGGUGAUCAAAGAAAAAGAGGAUUAAGCCAGUCAUGAAACAAUGGUGCUUCUCUCAGGAUCAUUAGACUGUUUAAACCCCAUUUACACCAAAGAUGUAAAUUAAGAUUCAAACUGAAUUGACAGUUGAUCUGAAUCCAAGGCAUUGUGCAAAUGUUAUGAAUUUACUGGUUUGGUCAAUUUGGAACUAAAAUGAUCUGCAUUGCCAUUCCAGAUUGAUUCAAAACUUGCUUCAAUGUGUGUCUAAAUUAAACAGCCUGGAAUGGAUUUGAAUUAUUGUCUAAUGUGAUGAAUUCAUCAUUUUUACGUCAUCAUGGCACGUCUGUGACUCGUUUCUGCUUUGCACGCUUUGGGGUGAAUUGUUGCCCUUGAUACAUUUACCCAAACUACCGGCAUAAUAUAAAUGCUAAAUGUAUUAAAUUUGAUUCAGAUCAAUGUAAUCCAAAUGGAAUCUGAAUUAGAUGUGUAAAAGGGGAUGAAAACUGAACAACCAAAACCUCAGUGUGACCUUUCAAUGAUUCUGAGUUACAAGAAUCAUGGAACCAAAAUAAACAGCUAUGCAUAAAACGUAAUGAAGUUAUGUAUGGAUUAUUUAGUAAAACCCCACUUAUCCCAUAAUUUUGUAUUUACAAUUGUUUUAAUAGUUACUAAGACUUGAAGCUGACUGCAGACUAAUUCACCAAUUCUGUGGUUCUUGUAGUACAAGAGUAACAGUUUUAUCCCUUUCACAGUAAUAUUCAGAUUGAAUGACCCUGAUACUACAACUUUGGCUAUUAUCCUAGUGCGAGGAUGAGAGCUAUCUCCUUUACAGUUACAGCCACAGUGGAGCAAGGCUGAUAAUGCUUCAUGCAUGCAUGUGACCGAUAAUGGACAGCUGCCUGUAGGUAAUCACUAAACAUAGACAAACGGUUUUGUCAUUUAACAGGCAUCCAAUUCCAAAUUUAUAUUGCAGACUUACUUUCUGAGACAGUUCUGUAAAACCAGCUGCAGUUCUGGUGCCAGAUAGAAAUGCCCCUUUUAUAUCUUGAGGCAUUUUCUACAGGAGCUGCGUCCAUAUUAAAAUACCAAUGCAUGCUUGCAACAUUUAAUUUUAUCACCCAGUUAGAUGGUGACAAGUUUCAGACACACCAGGCAUAGGAAAUGGCUUUGGUGGUUUAUUUGGUGUGGAUAUUAGCACUUCAGUACACAAAGGGCCAAAAACAUGGCUACCUCUUUGAACUUGUGUUGCAGUUAAAGGUGACACUGCCAUUGUAAGUAUGAGUCAUGUUCACAUUGCCCAUUUGCCACUAACUUUGGAAGAACCCAUGAUGGCAAAGUGAAUUCCCCGUAAAUUAGAAUGCGUGAUGAAUUUUAUUCCACUUGAGUUGAGUUUUAUCCUGGUUUCCCAGAAGAGUUUGAACAUCACUGCUGUUUAAAUUGAGAAAGUUCUAAAUUCACUACAGAUUAAAUUUUGUAAAGUCAAUAUAAAUUGGUAAAUUUUGUACAAACAAAACAAAUUAGACACAUUACAUUGGACUGCAUGGUUUAUUCCUUGAAUUAUCUGUACUUCUCUGUAGCUUAUUUUCUAAAUAAGGCAAAGUGCUAUAGCUGUGACAGUACAAAAUUUUAUCACUAUCUUGAAGUGAAUGCUUUAGUAACAGUAAUUAAAAACUUAUGUGCCUUCGGCUUUAAAGCACUGAAUUAUUUUAAAGGUCUUUUCCUGCUUUUGUAUGGCAAUGUUUCUAAAUUUGAAUCUAGCACCAGAAAGUAGUUAUGAAUAAAAUUCAUUCAAGCCA